AUGGGUGGUGCUCUACCGAAUGAGAUUAGAGAAAACGACGAUGUUUCGUCUUUGCAGACAUAUCCUUCGAUUCAGUCAGUUCAGUUACCAGGAAACGGCAUCGAGGACGAUGGGCAAGCUGUAGAUGAUGCAAAAGCACUGUCCAAACACUCAACCCUGCGGGAUAAGGGUUUGAUGGUUCCACGUAACGAAAGACGAGGGAUUCUAGCCAAUUUGACGUUGGUGCCGGAGUAUAAAGAUGCUCGAGAAUAUCCGUUGAAACUGAAACAGUUCAUCGUCUUUCUGGUGGCGUUUGCCACAGUGAUGGGUCCCAUGGGCACAAAUAUCAUUUAUCCGUCGAUCAAUCCGAUCACUCGAGACUUCAAGACCACCACUAUGAUGGUUAACGUUUCUGUGGGAAUUUACCUUUUGAGUCUGGGAAUUCUGCCCAUUUGGUGGUCGUCAUUGUCAGAACUUCGCGGACGUAGAACCGUGUAUGUUUUGAGUUUUUCGCUGCUAUUGGCGUUCUGCAUCGGGGCUGCUCUAUCUCCCAAUAUCAAUGCGUUCAUCGUUUUUCGCAUGCUGUGCGGUGCUUCUUCUGCCAGUGUACAAAGUGUGGGAGCAGGGACUGUGGCAGAUCUUUUCAGACCCGAAGAAAGAGGGAAAUAUCUUGGCUAUUACUAUUUGGGCGCGUUGAGUGCUCCCUUAAUCGCUCCCAUCAUAGGAUCUUUAUUGGUGAGUCGUUGGAGUUGGAGAUCUACCCAGUGGUUUCUGGUCAUUUUGGCAGGCGUCACGGUCUUGAUGUUAACGCUUCUUCUCCCGGAAACACUCAGAUUGCAAGAUAGUAAAAGCGCGAUCGCGGAAAUUUUGGCCGAAAGACGGCGUGGACGCAAAGCUGUCGACUCCGAUAAUGCUUCUAGUGAAGCUUCCGAGAAAGCCAACGAAGGUGCGCCGAACUCUGAUGGUGGGGAACUGGGAGUCUUGGAAGCAAAUCGAGAAGGAAAUGAAGACGAAAUUUCACGAAUCUUAACUCACACGAGUGAGGUUGGCCAAUAUCCACCUCGCGAAGAUGGUCCUCACGGGGAUGUCAUGGCACCCCAGCUAACAAAGCUGCAAACAAGAGACCGGAAGUUAGAGCAGCGGUUACGAGAAGGCGAGCUCAAAAAAUGGAAAACCAACGUCGAAAACGAACUUGAAAGACUGGAAACGGAGCAUAAGCAGGCCUGCUUGAAUGGCUCCGAAGAGGCCAACGCACGGUCUCGCACACGUGCGUGGUUCAAUGCGCUUUACGUGUAUCUGGUCAAGCCUUUGAAAUCGUUGCACUUUCUCAGAUUCCCACCGGUCAUGUUGGCCAUCACAUUUUCUGCCAUUUCGUUUGCCAUCUUGUAUUUCGUGAACAUGACCAUCGAAUAUUGCUAUUCGCGUCCACCUUACAAUUUCAAGCCUCUGUACGUGGGUCUUCUCUACAUUCCUAACUCCGUGACUUACAUCAUUGCAUCCAUCUACGGUGGACGGUGGGUCGACACUCUUUUGAAGCGCUAUAAGGAGAAGCAUGGAAUUCUGGCGCCUGAGGCACGCAUUUCAUGGAACGUGGUGACAGCUGUGGUUUCAUUUCCUAUUUCUCUCCUCAUUUUCGGGUGGUGUUUGGGCAAAAAAGAGCAUUGGGUCACUCCAUUGGUGGGUACUGCACUUUUCGGCUUUGCCUCCAUGAUGACCAUUGGUGCCACUGUUUCUUACCUCGUGGAUUCCUUGCCUGGAAAAGGAGCCACCGGGGUUGCUUUGAACAAUCUUAUUCGGCAAAUUUUCGCAGCUGUUGCUGUUUUUGUCACCGAGCCCAUGCUCAAAGGCAUGGGUGUUGGCUGGGCCUUCACAAUGCUGGCUUUCAUUGUGGUAGCUGCCAGUUCGGUGCUGGUAGUCUUGAAAAUCAGAGGUGACUACUGGCGAGAAAAUUUCGAUUUGCAAGAACUGUACGACAAAUUGGAAUGA